UUUUGUAUCAGCCUUAUGACUCAUUAUUAUAAUAUUCGUAAUGGUUUUUGCAUAUCUUUAUUGAAACUAAUAAAAACUAGAAAGGUGGCAGAAAAAGUUCGAAUAACUUACGCGACAUUAAAGGCGAUGCACGCAUAGUCCACUUCAAAGUUCCUAGCAAGACGAUGUCUCUGACACAUGAGAUAAAAACGAGGAUUGUUUUUAAACAUUUCGACAAAGAAAAUCAUUAUUUUUUAGUAAAAAAUGGAGAGAAAAGUAUUUGGAGUCUGCCUACUAAUGUUGUCGGUUUUAAGCAAGACAUAAAUGACAAUGUUGGCAAUCUUUUAACUUCCAUUUUAGGUGUGUCGACUGCAGCAACUUUUCAUAGCCUCCUGCAAGUAAGACAUACUGUCAAUAAUUGUUUGGUGGAGUUCAUUUAUCUUUUCACCACAGAUGACAAUCUUGAAUGGCAAAAAUCAAAACUUGCUAAUGCAUAUGACAGGAAAUCAUUAAGCGAGGUGCAAGGAUUGUGGAUGCCAUAUUCUGAAGUAUCUGCUUUUAAUAAUGAUGAAAUUUGUUUAACGACUAGUGAAAUAUUACAUAAUGUUGAACAAGGUUAUGAAGGCACUCCAUUGAAUAUUCUUAAUGAGGAUAAAAGUUCAUCCAUCACUGACUCAGUUCCUAUUGAUAACAAAGCAAAAGAAUAUGAAAAAAGGAGGAUGUAAAUAUUCUUUAUGAUACACUUUUGGAUGCAGCACAAUUUUACAAUAAAGAAAAACAGUUUAUUCAGAGUUUGUUUCAAAGAUAUGCAUCACCUACUUUUGACCAACUUGAAAUUACUGCCUUUACUAAACUAAUGCACGAAUUGUUAUCUGCUAGCUCAAAUUUUGAAAUGGAACAGUUAUUCAGAGCAUUUGACAAAGGCAAUAAAGGUUAUCUUCUUCUCAAUGACUUGUUACAUGGUCUUGCAGCAAUGGAUCCAAGGACAGUACAUGGUGGUCUUCCUGCUGAAUUGAGGUGUCAAUAUAUUUUCAAGUAUUUCAAUGUGUCCCAAACAGGAUAUCUUGACAGUGAAGAAUUUGGAAAGAUGGUUUGGGAAAUUAUGAAGAUAAAAGGUGAAAAUCUUUCUGAUGAGUACUUUGAUGCAAGAGUUAAAGAACAAAUGAAGUGUUUUGGCAAAGAUGUCAUUGAGUGUUUAUCAUUGAAAGACUUCAUGGAUGGUGUUGGACUCUUAAAAUUUCGUGGUACAUCUUCAUUGCUUCGUUUAAACUAUCCCUUUAGCGAAAUGAUAAUGAAUUUGACUCAUAAAGUCACCAAGAAAAGAAAAUUGAUGAAGAUAAAAGCAGAAGAAAGUGAGGAUGAUUGUUUGCCUCUUGAAGACACUGAUAAACUAAGAGAAAGGAAUGGGGGAGAGGAAAAAGACCAUAUCUCGUAUGAGUUAGCAACACAUGUAGUCAAAGUUCGCCGCAGUGGAACUCUCACUAAUGUCAGUCAAUUGUGGGACUUGUGUGGAACUGGUGCUUUAGGAAAAUCAGUACAAGAUCUCAUUGCUAACAAUCGCUCAAAACUCACUCGAAUGUCAUCUGUCAACUCAUUUAAUGAGAAAUCCAUUCCCAAUGAAAUGUUGUUUGGCUUGCGAUAUUUUGAAAGACGUAUUGAUACUUCAAUGUCAGAUAUCUCAGCAAAAGAUUCCUUCUGUUGGGGUGAAGUUGAUAUGAAAUCAUUUGCGAAAUGCAUUCUGUCAAUUUGUCAUUCUGUUCGGGAGAUUAUUAUCAAGGAAGAAAGACUCUUAAAAAUUGAAUCACCAGUUUACAUUUUAGGUGAUAUUCAUGGAAAUUUUCAUGACUUGGUGUGUUUUGAGAAAGUUCUUUGGAGAAUGGGUCCAAUUCUCACCCCUUCUAGCUUUCUAUUUCUCGGUGAUUACGUUGACCGGGGGGAGCAUGGGAUUGAGGUCGUGGCCUAUCUAUUUGCUCAAAAAUUGUUGGCACCAACAAAAAUGUUCUUGAUUCGUGGAAACCACGAAAUUCGCGAGACCCAGAUAUCAUUCACAUUUUACAGAGAAUGCAAAAAGAAAUUUGGUAAAAAUAUUGGAGUGGAUGUGUGGGAGGCAAUAAACUCAGUUUUUGACGUUCUUCCUGUUGCUGCCAUCAUUGACGAAAAGAUUUUUUGUGUCCAUGGUGGUAUACCUUUACCCAGCCAUGGUAAAGGUAUGGUUAGCGAAAUCAAUAAAAUUCCUGCUACCCUAAAGGAUCCUAUCAAUGAAGAGUUGGCCUGGGAAUUGAUGUGGAAUGAUCCGUUAAGGCCUGAAGAAAUUACUGAUAAGAUUAAAGAGGAUCUUUCUAAAAACAAUGGCUUUAUAACGAAUUCAAAACGUGGUACAGCUUAUCAGUUCAGUGCGGACGCCCUUGAUGAAUUCUUAGAAAGAAACAAUUUGACUCACGUGAUUCGUGCUCACGAAGUUCAAGAAACUGGGUUUCAGGUUCAACAAAAUGGCAAACUGCUUACUGUCUUCUCUUCCUCUCAUUAUUGUGGUGGAUUUAAUGAAGCUGCAUGUAUCUUAGCUCAUCAGAACAAACUUCGUACCAUUCGCUUGGAUACAUCGUAACAUUUGGUCAUACAUCGUAACAUCUGGUUGUAUAUUGUAACAACUGGUUGUAUAUCGUAACAGCUGGUCACAUAUCGUAACAGCUGGUUAUGCAUCGUAACAAAUGGUCACAUAUCGUAACAAAUGGUUAUAUAUCGUAACAAAUGGUUAUAUAUCGUAACAGCUGGUUAUAUAUCGUAACAGCUGGUUAUGCAUCGUAACAAAUGGUCACAUAUCGUAACAGCUGGUUAUAUAUCGUAACAAAUGGUUAUAUAUCGUAACAAAUGGUUAUAAAUCGUAACAGCUGGUUAUGCAUCGUAACAAAUGGUCACAUAUCGUUUUAAUAUCUGUACGUGCACUUAAGCUCACUAUGAAAGACGUUUCGUUCAAAACAAACAUUUUAACAGAUCUCUCAUGAAAAAGGGAAUUGUAUAUGAUUAUGGUGGAAAUAACAUAAACUUUGUGUUGUACGAAAUUCAGCAAGAAAAUAUUAUCGUAUCAGUGGUAUCACAAGAUAAACAUUUUAAUGAAUGUUCGGCAACGGUGAUUAUUGUCGAAACAAACAGCGAUUAAUGAUUCAUGUUGAAGUUUUGAUUUUUUUAUCGUCAUAACUAUAAGAAAACGUCCAGCAGUACUUUUUUUUCUUACAAGCGUCAUCAUUUACACAAACCUGGAACGUUACGGAAGCAGGUAUAAAUGUUUUCAUUUUAUUACAAUGUUUAAUUUUAAAAAUGGCUAUGAUAAGCACGUGAAAUUUUGUAUUAUAGCACAUGUGAAGCCUGCAUUGGCUUGCUUUUCAUUUCUGAAAUCACGAUAGAGUAAUCAUGGCAUUAUGUAUUCAAAAUUAAAUAUCUAUUGUCCGUCUUCUAUUAUCUGGUCACCAAAAUCGUUCGACAAAUUACGUAUAAAACUAGACACAAUGUCUAAAUGACAAUGAAUGAUUGAACAUAAAAUUUAAUUGUAUUAAUGUAUAUAAGACAAUAAAUUAUUGUAAAGGUA